AUGGUCCACUACUACACCGGAUAUAACCGAAUGGUCCACUACUACACCGGAUAUAACCGAAUGGCCAACUAUUACACCGGAUAUAACCGAAUGGCCCACUACUACACCGGAUAUAACCGAAUGGCCCACUACUACACCGGAUAUAACCGAAUGGCCCACUACUACACCGGAUAUAACCGAAUGGCCCACUACUACACCGGAUAUAACCGAAUGGCCCACUACUACACCGGAUAUAACCGAAUGGUCCACUACUACACCGGAUAUAACCGAAUGGUCCACUACUACACCGGAUAUAACCGAAUGGCCCACUACUACACCGGCUAUUACCGAAUGACCCACUACUACACCGGCUAUAACCAAUUAACCCACUACCACACCGGCUAUAACCGAAUGGCCCACUACUACACCGGCUAUAACCGAAUGGCCCACUACUACACCGGUUAUACCGAAUGGCCCACUACUACACCGACUAUAACUGAUUGGCCCACUACUACACCGGUUAUACCGAAUGGCCCACUACUACACCGACUAUAA